AUGACCACUGGACUUUUAAGCCCUGCGCAGGAUGUACGCCACAGUUGGUACAAGUCCUACAUGAAGAGCCUUCCUCCCAUUAUGGAUCUCAGGCUGCUCCUCAUGUCUGCUGUUCUACUGGGGGCUACUCUUACCCUCUCUGUCACGGACCGGCCAGCACAGUGCAAAAUCAAAUGGACUUUUGGUAUUUUGUGUGAGGAGGUGUACAACAGACUGGUGAGGCAGAUCAAACUGUGGCAGAUCAGUACGAGCUGCCUGUACAGUGGAGAGAAGUGCUCCUAUGAGCUCGUGUCUACUUCACCAUAUCUCAUCAAAGCCGCACACACUUCUCCUAAGACAAGAAAAGUCAACGAAAUGCAGUUUCUGUUUGAACAGUCUACGCUCUGCAAAGUGACUGGUGAUUCAAUCAUGGACACCCCGAAGGACCCAGAAGCCAACCGAACAAACUUCUGCAGCCUGCAAAAUCUCAUGGAUGGCAGUGGCCUGGUCAAUGCAGAAGGAUACACACAGUUCAGCAACAAGUGGAUCUGUCCUGGCUUCGAUAUAACCAACUGCAGUGUAUCUAUAAGGAUAGUUUGA